UUCAUUUCAUCGUUCAUUUUUGUGGAAAAGAAUGAUCAUAGUGGUCUCGGCGUAGUUUUAUUUUUAUUCCUAUUGGUGUAGUGAGUGAAAAGUAAUAAAAAAAGCUUUGAUAUUGUAACUCAAAAUGUUUAGCUGGUUAAAAAAAGAAGGUGAAAAGACAGAAAGUAUUGAAAAUGUAGUAGAAGGUCUCAAAAGGAUAUACAGAACUAAACUUUUACCGCUCGAGUUACACUAUCAGUUCCACGACUUUCAUUCGCCUCAGCUUGAGGAGCCGGAUUUUGAUGCAAAGCCUAUGAUACUGCUGGUCGGGCAGUACUCGACGGGAAAAACCACAUUCAUCAAAUAUCUCCUAGAGCGAGAUUUCCCCGGCAUUCGUAUCGGGCCGGAACCCACCACAGAUAGAUUCAUAGCUGUUAUGUUUGAUGAAAAAGAAGGAGUUAUUCCGGGAAACGCACUUGUAGUUGACCCUAAAAAGCAGUUCCGACCACUUAGCAAAUUUGGCAAUGCUUUUUUAAACAGAUUUCAAUGCUCUACUGUCGCGUCACCGGUGCUUCGUGGUAUUUCUAUAUUAGAUACACCUGGAAUCCUCUCCGGGGAGAAGCAACGUGUUGACCGAGGAUAUGACUUUACCGGAGUGUUGGAAUGGUUCGCAGAGCGCGUCGAUCGUAUUAUAUUGUUGUUUGACGCCCACAAACUAGACAUAUCAGAUGAAUUUAGGAGAAGUAUAGAGGCAUUAAGAGGUCACGAUGAUAAGAUUCGUAUUGUUCUUAAUAAAGCAGAUAUGAUUGACCAUCAACAGUUAAUGCGUGUAUAUGGUGCACUGAUGUGGUCAUUAGGUAAAGUACUUCAAACUCCUGAGGUGGCUAGAGUGUACAUUGGCUCAUUCUGGGACCAACCUUUACGCUACGAUGUAAAUAGACGGCUUUUUGAAGACGAAGAGCAGGAUCUUUUUAGAGAUAUGCAGUCCCUUCCAAGAAAUGCUGCAUUACGAAAGUUAAAUGAUUUAAUAAAACGAGCACGUCUAGCUAAAGUCCAUGCAUAUAUAGUAAGUGAACUUAGGAAAGAAAUGCCAUCAAUGUUUGGUAAAGAUGGCAAAAAAAAGGAUUUAAUAAAGAAUCUGGCGCAAGUAUAUGACCGUAUUCAAAAAGAACAACAAAUUUCACCAGGAGAUUUUCCUGAUAUUAAAAAGAUGCAGGAAUUAUUAGCAAAUCAUGACUUUACCAAAUUCCAUCCAUUAAAGCCUAAACUUUUGGAAGUAGUGGAUCACAUGUUAGCUACUGAUAUCGCCCGACUCAUGGACAUGAUCCCACAGGAGGAUGUCAAUAUUGUGAACGAGCCACUCAUUAAAGGCGAGCCCGAUGGCCCAGUGGCUGCGACUGUGGCGCGAUUGCAUGACAGACGCGGCUUCUUGGCAGGUGGUGCAUUCGAAGGUGUUGAAGACCAGGUGUCGCCGUUUGGAUACGGCCGCGGCGAGGGCGUAGAUGCAGGCCAUGGUGAUCCCGAAUGGAUCUGCAGCAAGGAGAAGCCGCGAUACGACGAGUUAUUCCAAUCACUAAACCCCAUUGAUGGAAAAGUCACCGGAGCCGCCGCAAAAACGGAGAUGGUGAAAUCGAAGCUGCCAAAUUCGGUGCUGGGCAAGAUCUGGAAAUUGUCCGACAUCGACAAGGAUGGAUUCCUCGACGAAGAAGAAUUCGCGCUCGCAAUGCACCUUAUAAAGGUCAAGACCGACGGACAUGACCUACCCCAAGACCUUCCUCCCCACCUCAUACCCCCCAGCAAGAGGAACUAACAACUUGUUGUGCUUCCAGACUCACUGUAAUUACAGUAGAUUAGCUGGGUAAGAAUGCAAAAGUUCUGUAUACAAAAAAUAUACUGCCUGUUUAUUGUUAGAAAUUACUAGUGUUUUUACAUUUGAGAUCUGGAAGAUCUGCCCAAAAUCCCACUUCUCUAACAUUUGCUGUCGCCCUCGAGUCGCAAUAAUUCGAGAGGUUUAGUUGUAAUCUUUUGAAAUUAAUUGCAAUAUUUUAUCCGAUCUACUUAUAAGAUGGCAAAUGUUUCCGAACGUAUAUUUCUAUGACCGCUGAGGGCUUGUUAUGAUUUAGCUGUGUUUAGUAAUUGUAGAAUCGUGUUUAACUUAUUCAAACCAAUAGAUAGCGGUAUGUUCAACCACUAUUUUAUUCACGAUGACAGCGAUUCUAAGUUGUAACAAGUGCUCAAUGGUAUGCACUGUAGAACGCAUACAUGCAUCGCCCCAUUGCUAUUUAUUGCUUGGUUUUUUUUAAUAAACAAAUUCUUCUUUUUUUCCUAAUGUUAACCUUAUGAGAGAGCGUGAUUUGAGCAUACAAAUGGUUUUUUUUCAUUCACAACAUUACAUUGUGCAAUACAUGAAGAGAAAUUUAAGAAACAUCCUCAAAAUGUUAUGGUUAUGUUACACAAUAACAAAUAAAAGAUGUUUAAAGUUAUUUGAGAUGUUAAUUGAAGUUAAAUUAGUUUAGAUUUUACUUUAUUUAUUCAUCAUACAUUUUUGGUGCUUUUAUAUUUUAUGAGUUCAUUUAAAUUGAUCCUCAGAUAUUUCUUAUCAUCCAUGCAUAAUAUUCAUAAAUUGUUUUAUAUUUAUUAAUUUUAAGGUGUUCCUAUUAGUGAUUUUUCUAAAGAAUAAUCCAUGAAAUGCAUAAUGGUUAUUAAUUUUCAUUUUAAUAAAUUAUGUCCAUUGUUUAAACACUUUUCUAUAACCUAUUUUCACCUGUCAAUUGUUGCAUUUAUUUAAUUGUAUGAUUGAUAGUGCAUUUUUCUCUCACAAUAAUUAGAUAAAUAUUACAUAAACUUUGCUGUAUACUGUCUGAACAAAGGCUUCUUAUACUUUUUCUAUGUAAAUAUGGAUUUAUAUGAUUAUGUUUUGAAAGGCCCCUCUGCAUUCACCAUGGAGAUGCAAUCAUAUAUUUUUACAUUUUGCUACUGUGUGUACAUAAAAAUAAAUGUAUUUAUCAUAAAUUAUACACAGAGUGUAAUAAAUAGAUAAGAAAAAUAUUAA